UCAAGUCGUCACUCUCCCCUUCUGCAGCUUCGGUUCGGGCUCCCCUCCACCUCCACCUCCAUAGCAAAUUUCCCAGCUCCGCCGCCGCGCCGCGUGCCCCAAAUCCCCAACGGCCAGGUCCAAACCCUAGGUUUCCAGCCCGAUUCCGAGCGCGCGGGGCGCUCCAAAUUCACCCGCGAUUUUCGGCGCUGGGAUGGCUGCCCGGCCGGCGCUCGCGGUGGUGGGAUAGAGGGGUGUCGCCCCGCGCGCGAGCUCCAAGGCGACCAUGAGCAGCAGAGGCGGCCGGGGCGGCAGGGUUGGCGGCGCCUGUGGCGGAGGAGCAGGUGGGGCGGCGGCGGCAGGAGGGGGAGGAGGUGACUUUGGGCGGGCGGUGGCGAGGGCGGCGGUCGCGCGGAUGCUGGAGGCGGCGGGAUUCGCUUGCGCGCACCGCUCGGCGUUGGACGCGCUCGUCGACGUCCUGCUGCGGUACAUCGGCCAGCUCGGCCGGGCCGCCACCUUCCACGCCAACCUCGCCGGCCGCGCCGUCCCGAACGAGUGCGACGUCAUACAGUUCCUCGAGGAGUGCGGCGCGGCGUACUAUGGCUUCGCUGGGGCCUCCUCGGCUUCCGCCCGUUGCCUCGCCAACUCCGCCGUCGUCAAGGAUAUGGCCAUGUUUGUCCGCACGUCCAAGGACUCCCCGUUCGCGAGGCCAUUGCCGAGGUUUCCGGUGCAGCGCGUGCCGCUGCACUCAGCCUCCACCUUUGCGGCCUUGGGUAGGGAGAGCGGGAUGAGCCAUGUGCCCGAAUGGCUGCCGGCCUUCCCGGAACCUCACACGUAUGUGAGGACGGAGUUGUGGAGUGACGGCGUGGCUAAGGCUGGGGGGGAUGAGUUGGAGCCGGCGCGGCAGCGGAGGAAGGCCGAGAAGUCGCUGCUCAGCUUGCAACGGCGGCUUGCUCUUGCAGGUGGUGAUGGAUUCCGACCAGCAAUGCUGGUCGACGGUGCAGUCAAAGCGAACGAACUAGAUGUGGUUCAGAGCGACGCGAAUCCAUUUCUUGAGCGAGCAUUGCCUUAUGGGGAGAAGGUGGUGUCAGAGGUUGCCAUGCCUGGUGUGGGGAAGUCAUUCUCUGUUAUUGAGGCCUUCGCACCUGCAUUUGAAGAAUCAAAAGAUGGAGAACUUGAUGAGGGUAUGGAUCAGGACCAAAAUCAAAGUCAGAAGAGGGUGGUUCCGAGAGAGAGGCCACCGGUGUAUUUUAGAAUUGGGAUUGAUAAGAAGUCAAUGGUGAUGGCACUGAAUUCAAGAGCUCUGAGUGACCAGAAGGAUCUCUGGUUCUUGAAGGAGGAGAAGGAGCAGAGGGCAGAGUUGAUACUAAGGGAAGCAAUGGAGAAUCCACAUGAACUUGCUCAGCUUUAAAGUUCCUGUAUGUUUGCAGUACCCACAGAGCUGCAUAGUAAAUUGGGGACUGGUUAAAAUAGGGACUUUUCAAAUUCAUGUUGGAGCAGCAUUUGCCAAAAUCUUUGAGGUAUGCUACUGCUAUACUGAUGAAUCCAUGAUGCAACCUUCUUCCCAUUGGAGUGACCUGCUAUGAGUGACGUGUUGAUCGAUUGAUUUGUGAUGAAUACAUCAGUCCGAAGUCCAAACCUAUCUUGGUUGUGAAACAUUCUUAUACAAGUUCAAUUCCAUUCAUGUUCUUGGGAAGAUUGUGACGCUUUAAUUGAUACAGAAAUGGCAUAUUAAAAGAAACUGUAUUAUUUCCCCUAGCAAGCAGAGAUGUUCAUACUUCAAACCAGGCUGACUCUACUGACUAAAGCUCACAGAUGCACCCGAAGAACCUUGCAGUAAGCAUUUGUCGUAGUUAACUAUUGUACCUCAUUAGUUUGCUUUGUAGAUGUGUCCGCUGCAUGGCCAGUUUAUCGGUCAGCAGUAUUAUUACCUGUUGCUAAAUUGAUGUAUUAGUUGCUUAAUUUGGUUUGUUUCCCUGCGGGGAUCCUGUAACAUUCUAGACUUGUACCAUAUGAUUGAUGGUUCAUUUGGUAGCCUGUAGAUUAUUCUGGCCCUUAGGAAUUGCAAACAUUAUCCUCUCUGUAAAGUGUAAGCUGUAAAAAGCAGCAGUGGACGGUUGUGAAGAAGAUUUUGCCUUUGGGCGAACAGUUA